AAACAGAUCGCGUGAUAAUUUUGCCCGCGUAAAGUGCCAGUCUUUCCGCUUCGUUCGCUCAAACGGUGUCUGAGACUGCUUGCUGUCGUUGUGUCGUCAUUGACAGUGAUCUCAACAGAAUUUAGAAAUCUUAACCGAAUCUGUUACAAAACUCGCUAACCAUGGCGUUGCAUGAAUCUACCAAGGAAAACAUUCGCAAGCAUCUCGAGGACGUAUCUUUACAUACAUCACCAAAGAAAUCAUGUAUCUCACCAACUAUAUCUCAGGAUCAUGGAUUAAAAAGUGGACUUCCCAAGCCAAAAGCUGUACAAAAAGUGCAAUUGACAGAAGAGUUCAAUCCAGAAUUAGAACCACUACUCCAGGAAGGUCCAAACCGCUUUGUAAUCUUUCCCAUUCAAUAUCCCGAUAUCUGGGAAAUGUACAAGAAGGCUGUAGCCUCUUUUUGGACUAUAGAAGAAGUAGCUCUUCACAAGGUGGAUAAGAAGGAUUGGGAAGAAAAGCUCAAUUCUGACGAGAGAUACUUUAUCUCUCAUGUUUUGGCGUUCUUUGCUGCUUCUGAUGGAAUUGUUAAUGAAAACUUAAUUGAAAGAUUCAGUCAAGAAGUAAAAAUCGCAGAAGCACGCUGUUUUUAUGGUUUCCAAAUCGCCAUAGAAAAUAUUCAUUCAGAAAUGUAUUCACUACUCAUUGAAACUUACAUUUCUGACCCGAAAGAAAAAGAUUUCUUAUUUAAUGCAAUUGAGACGCUUCCUUCCGUGGGAAAGAAGGCUAAGUGGGCUUUGAAUUGGAUCAAUCAUGAAAGCGCUACAUUUCCCGAACGUGUUGUAGCGUUUGCAGCGGUUGAAGGUAUCUUUUUCAGCGGUAGUUUCGCUGCGAUUUUCUGGCUGAAAAAGAGAGGAGUUAUGCCAGGACUCACCUUCAGUAAUGAACUGAUUUCGCGAGAUGAAGGAUUACAUUGUGAUUUUGCGUGCUUAAUGUUUAAACAUAUCGUGCAAAAGCCUUCGUUUGAGCGCGUGAAAACGAUCAUAAUGGAUGCUGUGGAAAUUGAAAAAGAAUUCUUAACGCAAGCAUUACCAGUCGAAAUGAUAGGAAUGAAUUGUACACUCAUGUGCACCUACAUCGAAUUUGUCGCGGAUAGAUUAUUCGUCGCGUUAGGAUUUGAAAAAGUUUAUAACUCGGAAAAUCCAUUCUCCUUCAUGAAUUUUAUCUCACUGGAGGGUAAGACAAACUUCUUCGAGAAAAAAGUAGGUGAAUACAAAAAGUUUGGAGUCGUGGAGGAGAGUUCCCAGAAAAGCAAUACGUCAAAUGUAGUGUUUAGCGCGAACUUCUAGAAUAAGAAAAAAGGACAAUGUGUGCACACACUCCUUGAAGAUCAGGUAGUAUCUGUUAAUUUAUAAUUUUGAACUAACAAUAAGCUUUAAAAAAUAUUUUGCAAAUGUUUGUUAGACAAAAUAAUAUCUAUGGUUGACGAAGGUCCAUGUUUAGAAUAUAUGUCAUCAAUGAGAAAAGUAUUGUAAAUGCACUUGUAAAAAAUAUAGUUUUGUGUUGGAUAAUUUAUUUUUCUGUUAUAUGAAAACUAAAUAUGAAAAAAUUGUCCAGAGAAGAAGAAAAGAUGUAUAUAUUUCUCUUGAAAAAUUGCAAUAUUGUAAGUGCAAUACUUUUCAUUGGUGUCAUCAAAUUGAAAGAUUUUGGGGGGGACAAGUUUUGAGACCACAUUUGGUCUUUAAUGUAAAAAUUUAUUAACUAAAAUGCACAAAUUAUAUAAUUUAUUAUAAAGACUAAUCGUGACAUUUGUGGCACUUUUAUAAAUUUACGAUUUGAUAAUAAUUUAUUUUAUAAUUGAACACAUCGAUUAAACUUGGUCUUUAAUAUAUUUUUCAUUUCUUAUUGGAGAAUUAAGAUAAAAGAGUAUCAUCAUAUUAUUUAUUUUGUUAAAAGUGCCACUUAACGAUGGAAUAUUGCCUAAAAAGGACCGUGUACAUAAAUUUGAAUGAAUGAUAAAUGUAAAGUCUCUGCCAUUUUUAAACUUUAAGCUAGUACUUAAAACAAUAUUCGUAAGUCUUUUUACGUGUAUGUAGACAAUGAUAAGGCUUAAAUAAAUCUGAUUAAAGAAACUUCCUUCAAA